AUGGCCACAAUCCACUCCAUCCCUCCCGAAAUACUCCUCCAAAUCUUCAGCUACCUCCCUAUCCGGUCGCUCCUUUCCUUCUCUGUGACCAGCAAAAGCUGCCACGCCCUCGCCUCCGCCAGCGUGACAACCCUCUCUUUCGGCGUCUAUCCCACCAGCCUCGCCAGCAAGAUCAGCCGCCUGCACAACACAGCAGCGACAGACAUAGAACGCGCCGAGAAAGACGCUCCCACGACCGUCUCUCUCGUCGUCCCGGAGGCAGAGAAAUUGCCGCUGCCGGCGCUGUACGCCUUCCAUGACGCGCUGACGACUUCGAUCCUCUUGCGGUACGGCAGCAGUCUCCGCCAUCUGGACCUCACGGUCUGGACGUUGGGUCAGAGCAUCGCGACAGCGCUAGCGAAGUGCAGGAAUCUGCGCUCACUAAGCCUGCGCAUUGAGAACCCGCAUGUGCGGCUUAGCGCCGAUGCGCCGUGGGAGCUGUCUGAGAGCGGCGUGAAGGUCAUGAGGAAGGUGGACGAGGACGAUGUGUGGGAUUGUUUUGAUGGCGCAUGGGGACGGCUAAGGGAGCUGAGGAUUGAGGGCGCGAGAGUCUCGAGUGAGCAGCUGGUGAAAGUGCUGAAGGCGAAUCCGGGGGUGAGGGAGUUGUCGGUCAAGAACUGUAAGAAGCUUGAUAAGGAGCUGUGGAGGUUGUUGGGUACGGAGUGGGAGGGGCGCGGAGAGUUGGAGUCGCUGGGGAUUGUGGGGUGCGGGAUGCUCGAUAUGGAGACGCUUGAGGAGAGUUUGCCGGCGUUUGGGAAGCUGAAGCACCUGUCUCUGCUCGGCGCCGUCGGCUUAGAUAUUGACGAAGUCAAGAGGAAGAACGAUGAGGAGUGGCACAUUAAGGACUUUGUGCCACCGCAAUCGUCGUCCGGCCAAGCCGUGCCGCAUAUCAUUGAAGUGGAUCCGGCUUACAUCUGCAACGAUUAG